AUGAGACAGACUUCAGCUCUGCUUCUGCUGCUUCUCCUGGUGACAGCCGUGGCUUAUGGAUACAAAAAUGUGGCUUUACAUGGCAAAGCAACUCAGUCUCAUCGGCUCAAAUCAGAGUUUAGUAUGGAUGCCAACAAUGCUAUUGAUGGAAACCGAAAUUCUGACCUGACACGGGGAUCUUGCACCCACACUGGAUCACAGGCACACCCCUGGUGGAGAGUGGACCUGCUGGAGUCCUACAUCAUCACUUCCAUCUCUGUAACCAACAGAGGAGACUGCUGCUCAGAAACCAUUAACGGAGCAGGAAUUCAUAUAGGAAACUCCCUACAAGAUGAUGGUAGAUCAAACCCAGUGGUUGCUGUAAUUGCUGGCAUCCCAUCUGGAAGGACUUUGAAAAUAACUUUUACCAGUCCUGUUAAGGGCCGUUAUGUGAUUGUGUCACUUCCUGGUUUUAACAGAGUCCUUACACUCUGUGAGGUGGAGGUCUACGGUUAUCGUGCUCCAACUGGAGAGAAUAUAGCAAUCUGUGGAAAAGCUACUCAGUCAUCAUUGCAUUCUAAUGGCAUUGCCUACAACUCCAUUGAUGGGAAUCGUGCUGGAUACUGGAGCAAAGGUUCUUGCAGUCAUACAGCACAAGAAUUAAAUCCCUGGUGGCGACUGGACCUGGGAAAAACCCAUAAAGUGUUCUCUGUCAAUGUAACCAGCAAUGUGGAAAACUACGUACGACUUCGAGGAGCUGAAAUUCGUAUCGGUGAUUCACUUGAUAACAACGGCAACAAUAAUCCCAGGUGUGCUGUGAUCUCAAACAUCGCUCCAGGUUUUACUCAAAACUUUCAGUGCAAUGGAAUGGAUGGUCGAUACAUUAACAUUGUCAUACCUGCAAGAGUUGAGUAUCUCGUCUUGUGUGAGGUUGAAGUCUACGCAUCAAGACUAGAUUAAAUAGAUCUGCCACUCUUUUAAAUGUUGAUACUUUCGUAGAAAAACA